GAUGGACGCAGAACUCUUGAAAAUAAGGCCCCAUAUAAACUCUAAACUAGAGAACCAAAGGCAGCCAGCCUUGCUAUUGGCCGCUAUAGAGGAGACUAUCAAAGAACAGUCAGAAAGCCCAUCAGCUGUUAGUUAUCACAGCCUUCUUCUCUCUACUUUGGAAGAAGCGGUAACGAACAAAAAGCUAGAUAUAGCUGCAUCUGCUCUCUACUUAGAAGCUAUCGUCGUUAAAUUCGUCAAUAAAAAUAUUCUCCACAAUCAGUAUCAGAUACUAGAAAGUCUUCUCAACUUAUUAGCAACUUACAAUAGCAAUACACCUGCUUUAAAAUCGUUACUAGUCGUAUUAGAAGAGUAUUACACUGCUUUAGACAAUCAACAACUCCAGUUGCAGUCCUUCAAAUCCUCAUUCAACGAUCUCCUCCAGCUUACAAUCGAUAAUAGACCAAAAGUAAGAAAGCUGGCUCAGUCUACAGUCAUCAAUAUACUCACAAUCGAUCAUCCAUACUUGAACAGCACCACAAACUGGGUUAUCAAGUCUUUCGAUCAGUUAGUAAAAAGAAACACCCCUACAGAAGCUGGUAUUCAUCUCUGUGCAUUGGUACAAGCCUUGGAUUCUAUCUGGCCUAUUCAAACCCUCCCUAAAUUAGCCACUUCCUUACUCAACACCCCACAUUUGGGCAAUUCAUACCUCACUUCCUCUUCUUACCAUCUUCUUAGUCAUUUACUUUCAAACAAGCAGUCACACACUACCUUCGAGGAAGACAAGUUGAAGAGCCUUGUCGAAACCAUCGCUACUAGCUUCCCAAAGCCUGAUGACGUCCUUCUUUUGUCUCCUUGGUUGGCAAUUCUCGACGCUGCCAUUUCUUCAUACGCUAGACAUGACCCAGAAGCUGCAUCACUCUUGAUCCUCAACGUCUGGCCAAAGGUCUACGGUGACUAUGGUUUGGCUAGCACACACACAGAUGUUCGCAAAUCAGCAGAGAAGGCUCUCUGCGGUAUCAUUAGAUGGGGUGUCACAACUGAUAUGAUCAAGAACACUGUUGAGAAGAACGGUCGUGUCAACUUGCAACCAAUCCUUGACAAUAUACUCUCUAGCUUGACUGGUAUAGCCCAUCGUCAGGCACUUCCUAACGUUAUCACCGUUUUGGUCGCAAUGAUCAGCAAAUUGAGAGUACGUUUCAACACUCCUGGUUCUACAGCUGCUGAAGCCCUCGUCGCACCACAUCUCACAACUGUAGCUGAACUUCGCCAAAUGCCAAACUUCGAAUUCAGAGAAAAGACAGACGACGUUUUCGGUAUGGCACUCGAAGUUUGUGGUCCAUCCUGGGUUCUUUCACUUUUGCCGCUUAACUUGGACCCAUCAAAACAAGCAAAGGGUAAGGAUGGACGUGCUUACUUACUCCCAAUUAUGAGAAGCAGAGUAUCUAACACCCAGCUCAACUUCUUCGUUAAGGAGCUUGUACCACUCUCAUCCAGCAUGUUCGACGCCUCAUCAAAGGCACAAGAGCAAGGAAAAGCAUUAGAGGCGAAAUUAUAUUCAACUCUUAUGGAGCAACUCUGGGCUACUUUCCCUGCCUUCUGUGAUCUUCCAAUUGAUCUUAGAGAUGCUCUCACUGGCGAUUUCGCAGGCAUGCUUUCAAAUGUCCUUUAUUCUCAACCAGUUCUCAGACCAUCAGUUUUGAGAGGUCUCAGAAACCUUGUCGAGAAGAACCUCACAUUGUGUCGUUCAGCUGGACCAGUUGAUGAGAUCAGAAAGACAUUCAAUGGUUUAGACCAAAAUGAAGCAAAGUUAAAUGUAGAAUAUCUCACAACUAUCGCUGCAAACCUCCUCUCAGUUUUGUUCGACUUGUUCGGCACUGUGAACAGAGAUAGUAGAGGUAUGAUUGGUGAGGUUAUUGCUGACUAUCUCGUGAUCGCUUCUGAGAAGGAUGUUAGUGGAACAUACAAGAAACUCUCCAAGAUGCUCCUCGAGACGCUCCCACAACAUAAUGUCAAGAUGGCCAAACAAGCAAAGUCAAACAAAACAUUCAAUAGCAGUGCAGACAAUACAGUCGCACCACACACCACUAUGGACUUGCUCAUUUUACUUGCACCACGUCUUGCAACAAAACAAGCGAUCAAUGCAUGGGAGAUGGGCACAUCAGACCAGGUACUGAUGAGUGAAGACCAAGCAGUUCAGAAAAAGGCUUAUAGGUUGCUCAACAGACUCUGCGAAAGUCAAAAAGAACUCUUUGGCGACCAAAAACGCAUUGAGAAGACGAUCUCAAUUCUCACUAACACCGAUAACAUCAGUGGUGGUGUGAAACGUGACCGAUUAGAACUCUUCAGCGUACUUGUGAAAUUUAUUCCUACUGACAAAUUACACUAUAUUGUCAGUCUUGUCCCUGAAGCAGUCCUUGGUGUUAAGGAAACCAACGAAAGGGCAAGAUCAGCUGCUUUCGAACUCCUCUUAGCGCUUGGUAGAAGAAUGGAGACAGGUGGUAAAGUCGAGCGUGCAAAGGUUGGUCAAGAUGAUGAUGACGACGAUGAGGAAAUGCAAACCGAAAUGGAAGUCGUUGAUGCAAAUAUUAACGAAUAUUUCACCAUUUUAUCUGCAGGUUUAGCUGGUAGCACUCCACAUUUCAUUUCUGCUACUAUCACAUCACUCGCAAGAGUUCUUUUCGAAUUCAGGGAGAGCAUUGACAAGGGUUUGGUCGAUAGUUUAUUAGGUACUCUUCACAUUUUCGUUGGAAGCACAAACAAGGAGAUUGUCAAAGCUGCAAUUGGUUUAGUAAAAGUGACGACAACAUCUUUACCAUCUGAUAUCGUAUUCACUCAUUUGGAAUCACUCAUACCAUCAUUACUCGGCUGGAAGAACGAGCAUAAGAACCACUUUAAGGUCAAUGUUAGGCAUAUUCUCGAAAGACUAGUUAAGAAAUUUGGUUUCGAAAAUGUUGAAAAAUUCGUUCCUGAAGCUGACAAAAAGUUAAUCACCAAUAUCCGUAAACGCACACAAAGAGCAAAGAAAGGACGUGCCGGUAAGGAAGAUCCUAUUGACCCACUAGAUGAGGAUGAUGAUGAGAAGAAGACCGCUAAGAAGGGUAAUGACGCAUUCGAGGAUGCUCUUUAUGGUAGCGAAUCCGAGAUUGAGGCGAGCGACAACGAGGAAGAGAAUACCAAGAAGGGUACUUCAAAGAGAGGAAAGAAGCAACAAGAAGACACUUACAUUCGUGAAGAUGAGGGUGAACUCGUUGAUUUACUCGAUAAGAGCGUCGUUGGUAGACUUUCAACAUAUGAUCCAAGCAAAGUUAAGAGAAAGCUCCCUGGUCAAGAUGCCCAAAAGUACAAGACCGAUGAUGUCACCGGAAAGCUCAUCAUUGAGGAUGAGGAUGUUGCAAUCGACCAGAAUCAAGAUGAAGGUGAUAAGCUCGCUGGUGAAGCCUACCUAGAGAAUCUCGAGGGUGAAGAUGGUAUCACGAUGGGCAAAGACGGUCGCGUCAGAUUCAACAAGAAGCGCGACAGAGGUCAAGACGUUGAGAUGCAAGAGGCUGGUGCUGGUUCAGACGACGACAAUUCCUCCAAGAAGAAGAAGAAAAACAGACAAGGUACUGUCGGUGUUGGUAAGGAGUUCAAAUCGAAGCGCGCUGGCGGAGAUGUCACAGCCAAAGGCGGUCAACAACCAUAUGCUUAUGUUCCUCUCAAUCAAACCAAGAAGCUCAACAGAGGUGGUCAAGCUCCUCGUCUCGACGUUACCGGAAAGAAGAAAGGCAGAUCAGGAAAGAAGUAGAAGUGGAAGUAAAAUACAUAGAUUUAAUUUUAUUUAUUGGAUACAUUUGAC